AUGGGAACCUACAUCGAUGAGGUUGUUUGUGAUGUCGUGCCUAUGCAUGCUACCCAUGUCAUCUUGGGGAGGCCCUGGCAAUUUGACAAACACGUCACAUUCGAUGGAAGGGCAAACAAGCACACACUCUUACAUGAUGAAAAAUGCAAGGUCCUCACACCACUUACACCUGCACAAGUGUAUGAGGACCAACUCAAGUUGCAAAGAGAGUGUGAACAAAAUCGUCAAAGGAGGAAGCUAAAGGCGGUCGACCCUGGUAAAGGUUUCACUUCUACAAGUGAGCAAUCGACCAAGGGUCCAGUGAGCACACCCAGUGUUACAUAUGACAAAUCACCCACUACACAUACCACUAGGAAGCAAAACAUAAUUAUUAAGGCUAAAGACGUUAGAAAAGUUGUGAAUUCUGAUCAGCCUGUACUUCUCAUAAUUUGUAAAUAUGUACUUUUAGAUGUCGCUGAGCUCGACAAGGCAUUGCCUUCGAGCAUGGUUACCCUUUUGCAGGAAUUUGAGGGUAUACAAGACCAACGGCCUUGUGCCUUCUUUAGCGAAAAACUGGGAGGAGCUGCCUUAAACUACCCAACAUAUGACAAGGAGUUGUACGCACUGGUAAGGGCCUUGGAGACUUGGCAACACUAUCUUCACCCUCGGGAGUUCGUGAUACACACUGAUCACGAGUCAUUGAAGUUUCUCAAGGGGCAACCUAAGUUGAGCAAGAGACAUGCCUAA